AUGGUUAUGUGGUCUGGUGUGUGCAGUAUCGGCUACUAUAUUUCAUACCUCUUUGAAACCUCGCUUGGAUUGAGCCACAACCUGUCACUCCUGUUAUCGGGCUUCAAUGGCCUCUGGUAUCUAAUCUCAGCCUUUGUUCCGUUCGUGGUGAUCAACCAUAUCGGCAAGCGUUGGUGUCUCUUGAUCGGUGCAUUUGGAAUGGGCUGCUGUUUCCUCACCAUGUCAUUGACGAUUCGUUCCGGUACAAAGGGAGCUUCUAUUGUCUGUGUGGUCGCCUUCUUCCUAUAUUAUUCAUUUUUUGCUCUAGGAUUUCUCGCUGUACCGUGGCUAUAUAACGCCGAAAUUCUACCGCUUCACCUGCGGUCCAAAGGCAAUACCAUCACAACCUCAUCGAACUGGAUUUGGAAUUUUGCCACGGAUAUGAUGACCCCAUCUGUGAUGAGCCAACAAGGCUGGAAGGGCUACUUGAUAUUCACCGUUUUCAACUUCUGCUUCAUUCCCUUCAUAUAUCUAUUCUAUCCGGAAACCACCGGUCGACGACUUGAAGAGAUUGACGCGAUCUUUUAUAAGACCAGGUCAAUAGUUGCGGGAACUGAAUGGGCAAAGAAAGGCAAGUUCGAGACAGAUCACUUAGAUCGGAUCGUAGAAGGAAUUGAAAACGGCAAAGGCAAAACCGUAUAUCUGGAAUAUAUAAACGAGUCCGGGUAG